GACAAAGCCUUGCAGCUCCUUCGAGAAUCAGUUUUACAUUGCUUGCAGUCUCUCUCUCUCUGUCUCUCUCUUCACACUUUCAGUACAGUCUAGCUGAGUGGGUGAAAAGCAAGGAGUUCAUGAGAGAGAGAAGGAGAGAGAGAGGGGGGGGAAGGUGAGAGAGAGAGAGAGAGAGAGAGAGAGAGAGAGAGCAAGCGCAGCCACUCAUUCGUCCCUCACUCCAGGCUCUAAGUUUACAGGCAGCCAGGCAGAUUUUCUUGGCUUGGAUGCAGCGCUCAUGACAGGAUUAGGAGCCUGGGAUACAGGAUCAACCGGAGAUCUGCAGGUCCUAGUGGAUGAGCCCAGGUCAGAUUCUCACCCUGCACAGCAGUGACUGACCUGUAUCCCUUCCUCAUCCAACUUCCGAAACUGACCUGAUUGCCGGGCUCCAUCCUCUCCUCUCCUGUCAUGCGUCUCCUUGUUUCCCUCCUGCUCUUGCUACUCCUUGGAUCAGCGGAACCCCGGAGAGGCCCUCGGUCAAAGGCUGUGGAGAGGGGCGCUAGGGGCCAUGUACGGGGUAGAGGCAGGCCCGGCGUCAUGAGGCGUCAAACUGAGGUGUGCUUGGAAUACAUGGAGUCGGGAGAAAAAUACCUUGACUGCCAGGAUAGGCAGCUGACCACUGUGAUGCAGGACUGGCCCAAAGAUAUCCACCACCUACUGCUGGCGAGAAAUAGGAUUCAGGUUUUGAGGGACAACAUGUUUGCUCAGUUCACCCAGCUGAAGAGCUUUGAUCUCCAGCAGAACCGCAUCUCCAGGGUGGAGGAUGAUGCGUUCAGUGGCCUCUCCCAGCUCAAAACCCUGCUCCUCCAGCACAACCAAAUGACAACAGCCUCCGAGGAGGUCCUGCUCCCCCUACCCCGCCUUACUUAUCUCCGUCUCUAUGACAACCCAUGGAGCUGCCUGUGUCCCUUGGAAAGCUUGAUCAGAAAACUGCAGCUGCCAGGCAACCGCAACCUGGGCAAUUUCGCCAUAUGUGCAGAGCCUCUUUCACUGAAGGGUCAGAAACUAAAAAAGUUGACUGUAGACCUGCUGUGUGAGGAAGACAAGGGGCCAGAACCUGGAGUUGUAGAACGGCCAAAGCCUCCGCCAAAAAGGAAGCCAGAUGCCACCUCCAUGUGCCGCACAUACAUGUUUCCCAAACCGCUGCUGGACUGCAGCAACAAAGCUGCAUUUGCAGGCCUGCUGUACCUCCGUGAGCUUGACCUCUCCAACAACAGUCUCCAAUACUUCCAGUACAGUGUACUAGAGGACCUCUACUUCCUACGGAAGCUCUCACUGGACAACAACCCGUGGUUCUGCGACUACAACAUCCACUACCUAAAUUACUGGCUCAAGCACCAUCCUGGUGUCCAUCACACUGGCUUGAUCUGCUCAGGGCCGCCGGAGUUCAAGGGCUGGCGUGUCGCGGAUUACGUCAAGACCUACAACGGGGAAUGUCCUGUAGAUAAACAAACAGAAGGGACAGAUACAGGACAGGGGGCACAAGAACAGUCAGAAAAUGACGCACAGAAGCCAGGGAUGGACAAUAGUGAUGGACAGGGUGCAAAUCUUCCACAACACCUGAAAAAGGCAGCACCAAACAAAUUUAAAAUCAUCAGGCUGAGCUAAAA